AUAGAGAAUUCUUCUUCUGAAAAUCUCCCAUAUUCUGCCAAGUAUGGUGGAUUAUUGAGGAAAAAUGGAAUGGUACCAAACCUCAAUUCUUCUAUAAUGGGUUCCAAUGGACAAAUUAAUAUUCCUAAAAGAACUUACUCCUUUGCGGAUCUUUACUCAAAAGGAAAUUCUUCAGGCCUUGGAAGCUUUGAGGGAUCUAGUGUCCAUAAUCAAAAUGCAAAUUUGCUGGUGCGGACUUUACUGAGCAUGUACCUGGUACUUGUUCUCUCAAUCAAAAGUUGAACUCAAAUAUUAAAAAUAAUCUCGAUGCAGGUUAUUUCUAUUCUCUCUUUUUCUCUCUCUCCCUCUGAGCAUUCCUGCAGAGAUUUUUUGGAUGAAAUUGUGUUUUUAUAUUAGGUACAGCUUCAACUGUUAGUGUAGAUGGGCAAAAUUUGAACGGAUUUGGUUAAUCAAUUAGGUUCUGAGGUUCAUUCUCCAGUUACAGACCCACGCUAUAUUCAACACUUGCAAAGAACUCCUAACUGUGCAACACGGGGUGCAAGUGAUCCUUCUUUUAUUAGGAACCAUGUUGGAAGUUCACAUGGAGACUUGGAUGGCCUUCAGAAAAUUUAUCUUGAGGCAUUGCUAGCUCAACAUAAUCAACAGUAUGAUCUGCCUGGUCUAGGUAAAUCUGGUGGUGUGAAUCAUGCGUAGUAUGGGAAUCCAUCAUAUGGUCUUGGUAUGCCAUUUCUAGGGAAACCCAUGGCAAAUUCUGUUCUUUCUUCUCUUGGUUCUGGAAGGUUUAAGAAUGACUGAGUCUCUCGAUGUACUUCAAUGAUGAGAAGUCAAAUGCGAGGAUCCCCAGGGUCAUGGCAAUCAGAGUUUGGCAAUGCUGUGGAUGGUAGAUAUAUGUCUUUGUUAUUAGAUGAGUUCAAGAAUAAGGCUCAAGCUUUUGAACUUUCAGACAUUGCUGAUCAUGUUGUUGAAUUCAGUACGGAUCAGUAUGGCAGUUGCUUCGUUCAGCAGAAACUAGAAACUGCUACUGUGGAAGAGAAGAACUUGAUAUUUCCUGAGAUUGUUCCUCAUGCUCGUACUUUGGUGAUAGAUGUUUUUGGAGAUUAUGUUAUACAGAAAUUUUUUGAGUAUCGUACAGAAAGUCAAAGAGGAGAGCUAGCUAGCCAACUCAUUGGUCAUGUUUUUGCCUCUCAGUCUUCAAAUGUAUGGUUGCAGAGUAAUUCAGAAGGGAGGAGUGGAUCGAAAUGCAUCCUUACCAGGCCACCCAUCACGCCCUUCAAGUUGUAACUCAUUUCGUGAUAUGGUAGAUACAACUGGUGUAUCUGAUUUCCAUUCAGCUGGGUUAUGUAAUGGAUUGCAGGCUGUAGAGACAUUGCACUCUGGAGCAGCUGCCCCUGCGUGGAUGGGAGUUCAGAGCCAUGGCACAACUGAUUCCCAUUUGUUGGCAUCUGCUGUAGGUUCAUCAUUAUCAAGGAGUACGACCCCCAAACCAGCUAGUUGGGAAAUCUCUUGGUCCUGGUCUUCCUCCUGUGGGGAGCAGAGUUGGAGCUACUGAAAAGAAGAAUGCUAUUGGCUCAAGUGUUCAAAAUGGUCAUUCUGCUGGUGCAACUGAAACUGAACUUACUGAAAUUGCAGCCUCUUUGUCUGGCUUGGCCUCGUCAAAAACUGGACAAGUAAAUGAAAAUUGUCUUGUACAGUCAAAGCUUCAGAUGAAUCUCGACAGUCAACCUGAUGUUAUAUCAAGCAUAGCCAAUGAUAAAAAAUGCAGUCUCCAGCAAAUCGUAGAGGAUUCUUCUUCUGAAAAUCUCCCAUAUUCUGCCAAGUAUGGUGGAUUAUUGAGGAAAAAUGGAAUGGUACCAAACCUCAAUUCUUCUAUAAUGGGUUCCAAUGGACAAAUUAAUAUUCCUAAGAGAACUUCCUCCUUUGCGGAUCUUUACUCAAGAGGAAAUUCUUGGUGAAUAUUAACCUUUGGUGAAAGAGAUGCUUGGUUAUACAGAUCGAAAAUGAACCUUUGCAGGCAAUGAUGAAAGAAGCAUUUGAAAAUUAUGUUGUGCAAAAGGUUCUUAAAACAUGUGAUGAUCACAAGUCUGGAGUUGAUUCUUUCUCGCAUCAAGGUUCCCUUUAACUGCUUUGAAGAGAUAUACCUACGGUAAACAUAUCGUUUCCGAGUCAAAAAACUUGUCACAAUUGGAGAAUGGAUUCGCGUGAUCCAUGGAGGCUUGAACAAGAUGAUGACACUUUUGUUAUUGCCUUUGCGGGUAGAAAGUAAAAAUAAAGGACAUAACUUUUGUACAGUUAACAAAGAUGUCAAGUUAUUCUAAGACAUUAUUUUCUGUAAAUACUAGUAAUUGUAAGUAAGCACACGGAACUAGCAAAGAGAGGAAUAAAAUGUUUUUUUUAUGUUGA